AAGGCGAAGGAAUGACAAAGAAAUGGAAUGUCCUUUGGCAUUCUUAAGCGCACUGUUGACAUUGGCUACAGAAAGUAUUCGUAGGAAUGAAUCGAGAUUCAUUUUCUCUCUCGAGCCUAUCGAUGCGUGGAUAAUACACGAAACAAUCGUUUCGUCUAAAUGGAUCCCGUUUCUGCACGUUUUUUUUUAAUUAAAACGAAUGAAACCCAGCGUAGUCGGAAUUCCAUUUUUUAAAACGGAAUCGCUACAUAUUUGAUCCGUAAUUGCCGAUUUUAAUAUAGAAAUUUUAGCGGAAAAAAAUGCGUAAUAACGUGCACGUAACCGAAGGCAGUUUGUUCUUUUUAUUGUUAUAGUAGAGUAUAGAAGCCAUUGGUCAUAGAAGCCUCUGGGCAUAAACAAUAAAAACAUGAAUAGAAAUGAAUCAUCACAUUUCCAAUGUUAUUCGUAUAUGUGUAUAGAUGAUGUGUGUGAAGAUGUCACAAUAUGUGAAAAUGCUUUGAUGUGUUAUAGUUACAAUGUGUAUGAUGCUUACGGUGUACAGCGUCGUCAAAAAGGCUGUCUGUUUAAGCCAGAAUGGUUGAUGAUGCUCUGUAGCACGGCUCAUCAUGAAGGAAGAAAAGAAUUUUCUGGACAGUACAGUGGUAAAUGUUGUCGGGGGAAUCUGUGUAACAAUGGAUCUUUUCCCUUGUUAACUGCAAAAGCAACUGCACAAGAUCAAGCCAUAACAUCAUCUUGGACUACAAUUAACCUGAUGUUGUAUAUAUUGUUGCCAAUUAUUUUUGUUUGUGGUGUUUUAUUAAUUGUAAUUUAUAUAAUGAAAAGAAGAUGCAACAAAAAUAUGGGUUCUCUGUUGGACCCAAAUCAUGAUUAUUAUUGCGAAGAGCUGAAGACGGGCACAAAUGAUGAUAACUCUUUAAGAGAAAUAUUUGAUGCUUCUGUGACAUCAGGAAGUGGAUCUGGACUUCCUUUAUUGAUUCAAAGGACAUUAGCAAGACAUAUACAAUUAGUGGAAUGCAUAGGAAAAGGAAGAUAUGGUGAAGUGUGGAGAGGAAUUUGGCAAGGAGAAAAUGUUGCAGUGAAGAUUUUCUUUUCUCGUGAUGAAGCAUCUUGGGUGCGCGAAACAGAAAUUUACAGCACUGUCAUGCUGCGUCAUGUUAACAUUUUGGGUUACAUUGGUUCAGAUGUAACGUCUCAUAAUUCUUGUACUCAGCUGUGGUUAGUUACUCAUUAUCAUGUGCUAGGAUCAUUGUAUGAUCAUUUAAAUUCAAUGUCUGUUACUGUAAACGAGAUGUUGACACUUGUUCUUUCUGCUGUAUCGGGAUUGGUACAUCUUCAUACAGAAAUACAUGGUACAAAAGGAAAGCCAGCUAUAGCUCAUAGAGACAUUAAGACAAAAAAUAUACUUGUUAAAAAUGAUGGGACUUGUGCUAUUGCCGAUUUUGGUCUUGCAGUAACUCAUACUCAAACUACGGACAUUUUAAAUGUAGGUAAUAAUCACAGAGUUGGCACUAAACGAUACAUGGCACCAGAAGUUCUUGACGAAACUUUAAGUGCAGAAGUUUUCGAAUCGUAUCGCAGACUGGAUAUCUAUGCAUUUGGUCUUGUUUUUUGGGAAAUAUGCUGGAGAUGUUUAAGUGGAGGUAUUGCUGAACCGUAUAAACCACCUUACUUCGAUAUGGUUCCAAAUGAUCCUAGUUUUGAAGACAUGAGGAAAGUUGUUUGCAUAGAUGGAAGACGUCCUACCAUUCCAAACAGAUGGGCUUUUGAUCCGACAUUAAACGCUAUGUCGAGAUUAAUGAAGGAGUGCUGGCAUCCGAAUCCGUCGGCCAGACUUACCGCCUUAAGAAUAAAAAAGACACUUAUUAAGAUAUCUUCGGCCGAUUCAAAACUAAAAAUAGACACCAUAAAAAACAGCCUUUAAUGGUGCACGGAAGAUUUUGAAGUUUCCAUCGCUCCAUCUAAAUUAACAUCA